GCAGCAGCGCCUCGAUGGUGUCGCAUCCGGUCUUGAGUCGUUGUUGGGCUUCGCUGAGAUAUUCCAUCCUUUGAAUACGACAGCAGGGUGGUCAUUUCCCAUCAUCAUCAUCCCUUUACAGAAGCAUGGCUGAGCCCGAGCUUCUCCUGGACUCCAACAUUCGCCUUUGGGUUGUGCUGCCUAUUGUGUUUAUUACUUUUCUGGUUGGAGUGAUCCGCCAUUAUGUCUCAAUUCUGUUACAAAGUGACAAGAAGCUCACGUUAGAGCAGGUCUCAGACAGCCAGGUUCUCAUCCGGAGCAGAGUUUUACGGGAAAAUGGAAAAUACAUCCCCAAACAAUCUUUCUUGAUGAGAAAAUUCUACUUCAAUAAUCAAGAAGAUGGGUUUUUCAAAAAAACCAAAAGAAAGGUAGUCCCACCCUCUCCAAUGACUGAUCCCAGCAUGUUGACGGACAUGAUGAAAGGCAAUGUGACAAAUGUCCUGCCUAUGAUCCUUAUUGGUGGUUGGAUCAACUGGACCUUCUCUGGGUUUGUCACAACAAAGGUACCGUUCCCUCUCACUCUCCGCUUCAAGCCGAUGCUGCAGCAGGGAAUUGAGUUGCUCUCUCUAGAUGCCUCCUGGGUGAGUUCAGCAUCUUGGUAUUUCCUCAAUGUCUUUGGUCUCAGGAGCAUGUAUUCUCUUAUUCUCGGACAGGACAAUGGUGCAGAUCAGUCUCGCAUCAUGCAGGAACAGAUGAGUGGUGCUGCAAUGGCAAUGCCUGCUGACACAAACAAGGCAUUCAAGGCUGAAUGGGAGGCACUGGAGUUGACCGAUCACCAGUGGGCCUUAGAGAAUGUUGAGGAGGAUCUGAUGAGUAAAGACUUGGACAUGUCUGGGAUGUUCAGCAAAGACUUGCCAACGGGCAUCUUCUAAGUGCCUGUCUACUACUGAGAGGUUUUGGAGGACCUCAUGAAAUUACAAGAGUGAAUUGUUGGACUGGUUGUGGGAGUGACAAAACGCUUCCAUUCAGAUUUUUAGAAAGUGUCAUAAAGCUCAUUGCAGACAUGUUGUGUCAUUUGCAUGCACCAAUCCCUCCAUCAUUCAUUUUUGAUCAGACUUAAGUGUCAUAGUGUUACAAAGCUUUGAGCUUAAAGCUUUUUAUAUUAUCUCUUGCGACUGCAUUCACACAACGCAACAGAAACAUUACCGUGCACCCCAUAGAGUAGCAUGUGGCCUUGUUUUCUUGAAAACAUUCCCUAAUGAUUAUUGCUGUUGUCUUUUAUUUUUAACAACUUUUCAUUAACUUUAGUUGUUUUAAGAGCCCCUUGUUCUUGUUUUACUAGGAACAUUUGAUUGUUUGGACCAAGUAGGCAAACAGGAAGUUUUAGGAAGUGUGUUUUUAAAAGUGGAACAGUCCAUAACUUAGGUUCAGUUACAUGAAUAGUAUAUUGCUAGCAUUUUAGAUGGUUACUUAUGGUGCCAAUAAUACACCAUGCACUGAAUAUGUAGUAAAAAUACUACUUUUUUUUGCCAUUAAACUAAUUAAGAUUGGA